GCCGCGGGGACCCUGAAGGAGGAAGACGAAAGCCCCGCGAAAGCGCUCAGUCACCCAACAAAAGUCUGAAGUGCUCGCCAGCACUCUGUGUCAUUUGUUUGCCACGAUCCCAUCCUGCCUAUAACUAGUCCGUCGACUCUAUUUAUUCGUCCAGAAGAGCAAUUGAAGAAUCCCACCCGUACACUCCACCAUGCCGAGCUCUCUUGACCAACUGAAGGCCACAGGCACUACUGUCGUUUGCGACUCCGGCGACUUUGCCACCAUCGACAAGUACAAGCCUCAGGAUGCCACCACCAACCCCUCUCUGAUUCUCGCCGCGUCGAAAAAGCCGGAGUACGCAAAGCUGAUUGACGACGCUGUUGCGUACGGCAAGGCCCACGGCACCGACAUCGACUCUCAGGUCGAUGCUACUCUCGACAACCUGCUCGUGCAGUUCGGCAGCGAGAUCCUGAAGAUCGUGCCUGGCCGCGUGUCGACAGAAGUCGAUGCCAAGCUUAGCUUCGACACCAAGGCUAGUGUUGAGAAGGCUCUGCAUAUCAUCGACCUCUACAAGGAAAAGGGCAUCAGCAAGGAUCGCGUCCUUAUCAAGCUCGCCUCGACGUGGGAGGGCAUCAAGGCCGCUGAGGAAUUGCAGUCCAAGCAUGGCGUCAACUGCAACUUGACUCUGCUUUUCUCCCUGCCCCAGGCCAUCGGUGCCGCCGAGGCCGGUGCGUUCCUCAUCUCCCCUUUCGUUGGCCGUAUCCUCGACUGGUACAAGGCCGCGCACAAGAAGGACUACGCGCCUUCUGAGGACCCUGGCGUCAAGAGUGUACAGAACAUCUUCAACUACUAUAAGAAGUUCGGUUACAAGACUAUCGUCAUGGGUGCCAGCUUCAGGAAUGUCGGCGAGAUCACCGAGCUUGCUGGCUGCGACUACCUCACCAUUUCGCCGACCUUGCUCGAGGAGCUGUACAACUCUACAGAUCCUGUGCCUAAGAAACUUGACGCCGCCGCUGCUGCCUCGCUCGACAUCCAGAAGAAGAGCUACAUCAACGACGAGGCCGCCUUCCGCUUUGACUUCAACGAGGAGCAGAUGGCUGUCGAGAAGCUUCGCGAGGGUAUCAGCAAGUUCGCCGCCGAUGCCGUCACGCUGAAGAGUAUCCUCAGGGAGAAGAUCGAGAAGUCCUAAAUUGACCAUCGUCUGAAAUAAAUUACAAAAUUACUAGCAGUCGUGAAGGCCUUCAAGGUUGACGAACGACACCAAUGACGAUAGCGACGAGAUGAAGUGUUAUUUAAGGCAAGCUACGUCACAAUCUUUGCACGGUCACAAGCACAUUUCCUUGACAUCUAAGGAUGAGAUAGACAUGGGCAUGUAAAAAAGAAUGAAUGAACAGUAAAUUUUUUUUUUCCUCUUCACCCCUGGACGAUCAAAUGAGGUUGCUAGAACCCGGAUGCAAGUGCUGAACCGUAUAUCCCAUUUUUUUUUGACAAAAGUGUAUCCCCUGAGUUAGCGGUUAGCAUGAAAGCUCUACUUUGGAUGAUCUUGUGGCAAAAAAAUGCGCCCGUGGUUGGCAGCAAAG